AUCGUACAUCUGGCAGCCCUGUAUCUGUGUCAAAAAUCCUAUGUUGUUUAGUUUGUGACUUGUUGAACUUGGUUCGCUCAAUUAAAUUUAUUUACUUUAAAAGUGAUCAUAGCAUCAUUUCAGGUUUUAAAAUAUGCAGCCAGAACUUCACACUAAUGCAGAUAUCUACUCAAAAAAUUUUCCUACAUUUAGUCGCCCUGCAGUAAUAGGUUACAUUGGGCUAGAGAAUUUGAUGUUUGCGAAAUGUGUGCAAAACAAGAAAGUGCAUUUUGAUUUAAACCUGCAUUCAGCAGAAGCUAUUCGCAAACCAAAUGACCGUGAUGUGAAAUUGGAUGAUUUAUUAAAAUUUCUUUUAGAACAUGAGGCUAGAUUAGAUCUUCGGGGGGGUACCAAUCUUGACAGUUGCAACAUAUUCUGCUAUCGUGGGCUGAUGACUUGUGUUGCAUGUACUCCAUACGAAAACAGAGAACCAUGGAAAAUUGUUGCAAUAUUAUUUAAAGGGAAUAUUUAUUUGUGUGCCAGAGACACCGAAGAAAAACGUAAACAAAAGUUGAAUAUGACAGAACAAGAUAUAAAAUUUACAUCAUGGGGCUACAAAUUUGAACAAUACAUGUUAUCUGAGCAUCCAGAUUCAGAGCCAAAUCCAGAUGUUCCUGUGGAUGAGACAAAGGAGUUUUCACUGGUUUUGACUACUCGUCUCAAUAACCACUCACUUGUGUACGGAGCUGAAAUGGAUGGACUCCGCUGUGACCAGUACAAAGUUCCCCCAGUCCCUGAUCAUCACGACCCAAACAAAAUUGUGAAAUAUUUAUAUGAUAAAGAAUUUGUGGAACUAAAAACAAGCAGACACAUUGAGUAUUCCAGACAAGAAACAAGUUUUAAACGAUUUAAAACAAAGAAGUGGUGGUGCCAGUCAUUUCUUGCUGGAGUAAAUACAAUUGUAUGUGGGUUCAGAGAUGACAAUGGCAUUGUAGAAGAACUUGAAGUUUUUUCUGGAAGGGAUUUGGUUAAAAUGUCGGAGAGGUUUUGGAUACCAGGUGUAUGUUUCAACUUCCUGGAUACAUUUUUUACAUAUGUCAAAAGGUGUUUGGCUAGAAAAAUAAAAGCUACACAUGGAGAAAAUGGAUUGAAAAAUCUGCAGGCUCUACCUAUGACAUUUUUACUCCUAGAAUGGAGACCUGGAAUGCCUGUUACAGUUUCAGAAAAUUAUUGUUAUGAAGAUGAUCCUAUAAUCCCACAAUAUUUUCUUAAUAAUUAUGGUAAAAUUAAUUAAAAAUAAGCUUGAAAUA